CGCGCGUGGUCUUUUGCAAGUCUUCUAGAUUCAGCUUGAAAUGACAGAAAUGCAAAACUAUUUCGAGAUUUUGGAGUGGGAAAGCACGUCCAAGGAACAGGAUUCUCUUAUUCUUCAUCUUUUUGGCGGUAUAUCCUCAACAAACUGCAAAUAUCAUGCUUCCGUGUCGAACAAUGUGCCACUCCAAAAUGAGAUGAAUACUUCAGAGAGUAAGAAAAGAAAAGCAACAGAAAGCAAUGAUGAAACGGGACAGUUGAAAAAGAAAAGAAAGAAAAAGAAAAGAGAUAAUAAUAAAUUUAAAAUAGUGCAAAACCAAGGUUUUGAAUGCCGAGAAAACGAAAAGAGUGAUGCCACUACCUUGAAAGAGGUUGACAUAGCGACUAGAAGUACGGGACUUAUGGCAAAAGCUCUAGAAAAAGAACACAGUGAGAAAUUAAAUAACCACAAGAGCAAGAAAGAAACUAAGAAGAUAAUUAUGAAUCAAAGUAAGGAAGAAGACAGCAAUGAGCACAAGAAGAAGGAUAAAAUAAAGUGUGUUAGUGACAAUCGAUGUUAUAAAAGUACUGAUUCCACGAUUCAGGCUGCUAUAGAUAACAAAGAAAUUCCUUCAAAUCUUCAAACCAUGGAAGUGGUAAAUCAGUCUGAAAGUAAGAAAGCAAAGAAAAAGAAGCAAAGAGAGAAAAAGAAAGGGCAUGGUUGUGAAGACAAUUCUACAAUAACAAAUUCAGGGCAAAUAACUCUAGAGGCAAAUCAAAAGCAAAAAAGAAGGAAGAAAAAUCAAGACAUGGAGCAAGAUCACAGUAUCCCUUAUGAAGAACCAGUAUCAGAAAAGAACUUUGAAAACUUCAAGGUCACAAGUAAAAACAUUGUACCGCCCUCUGGUCUUCAAAGUAAGUCAGGUAUUCAUGAAAAGAUGACAAAGCAGUUGGAAUCUUCUCGAUUCAGGUGGAUAAAUGAACAACUCUACACCACAACAGGGAAGGAGGCAGCUGAAAUGUUUUCCAAAGACCCAAACUUGUUUGAUAUUUACCACAGAGGUUUCACCAAUCAAGUCAGAUUAUGGCCAGUUAAUCCUGUAGACAAAAUCAUAGAAUGGUUGAAGAAAAGACCAGUAUCUGAAGUGGUCGCAGAUUUUGGUUGUGGAGAAGCAGCAAUUGCUCAGAGUGUUGCAAACAAAGUGCAUUCGUUUGAUCUUGUUGCCAAGAACAAGUUUAUUACAGCAUGCGACAUGGCAAAGGUCCCCUUAAGCCCUGCAAGUGUGGAUGUUGCUGUUUUCUGUCUUUCAUUGAUGGGAACCAACCUUGUUGAUUUCUUGAGGGAAGCACACAGAGUUCUCAAACCAGGAGGCAUUCUAAAAGUGGCUGAAGUGGCGAGUCGUAUCAAUGACACAUCUGAGUUUGUAAAGUCUUUGACUAGAAUUGGAUUUAAACUGCAGAAUGAGGACUCUACCAACAAGAUGUUUGUGCUGUUUGAUUUUGUGAAGGUUCAGGACAAUAGAAAGUCAGUUUCAGCCAGUAAACUGGAGGGCUUAAGACUUAAGCCAUGUCUUUACAAAAAAAGAUAACACUGCAAGUCAGUUUCAGCCAGCAAACUGGAGGGCUUAAGACUUAAGCCAUGUCUUUACAAAAAACGAUAAUACUGGAAAUUUGGAGCAUAAAAUGCAAUUCAAACAUAGAUGAGGCCAUUUCCAGCAGAUACACACUAGAAUACCUGGGUGUUAAAUAAAAAUUGGGAAGACCCUGUUUGAAUCAACACAACUGUUGUAACUCGCUGGCCUACAAAUGUUUCCUGUGAAUAUUGUUUGUAACACGGUGAAAGAUUGAGAAAUCAAAACAAUUAAAGUUAUCAGGUUUUUUUUA